GGUUUUAGCUUCUUCGUGUGAGUCAGGUGAGGAACUAUGGCCAGGACCAAGCAGACCGCCCGCAAGUCUACUGGAGGCAAAGCUCCUCGCAAGCAGCUGGCAACCAAAGCUGCCCGGAAGAGCGCCCCAGCUACCGGCGGCGUGAAAAAGCCUCACCGCUACCGUCCCGGGACCGUUGCCCUGCGAGAGAUCCGUCGCUACCAAAAAUCCACUGAGCUGCUGAUCCGCAAGCUGCCCUUCCAGCGCCUGGUGCGGGAGAUCGCCCAGGACUUCAAGACCGACCUGCGCUUCCAGAGCUCUGCCGUCAUGGCCCUGCAAGAGGCCAGCGAGGCUUAUCUGGUGGGGCUGUUCGAGGACACCAACCUGUGCGCCAUCCACGCUAAGAGGGUGACCAUCAUGCCCAAAGACAUCCAGCUGGCCCGCAGGAUCCGAGGGGAGAGGGCAUAGAUACUCGCCACUCCUAUACACGCAACAACACAAAGGCUCUUUUCAGAGCCACUCAAAUCUUUCUAAACGAGCUGAAUCCAAAGGAAUGCUAACUAUCAU